GUGAGGACGAACCGUGGAUCGGGUUUAGAGCAUUGUUGUGUGUGCAGCAGAACAUCACGUAAUAGGUUCCCGGAAACACGGAGCAUCUUCUCCUUCUCGGAUUCUGCUCUGCAUUUCGUUCUACAUUGAUAGUAUUUGUGUUUUGUCAAUUGCGCUAUUCUUUAUAACCAAAUUAAAUAGCGAGUGAUGCGAUAACGCUGCUUGGAGACACGGAUAGCGAUCAGGACGGACAACAAAAGGGAAAGUCCACAUAACCACACGUCAGACAAGGUUUAGUCGGAUUAGUGUCGAUUCGCAAAGAGAAAAUGUCUAAACCUGAUUAUACUGGCGUUUACCACUUGGUUUCCCAGGACAAUUUCGAUGAAUAUCUGGCGGCUUUGGAUGUUAAUUAUGCAUUAAGGAAAAUCGUCUGCAUUCUGAAACCCAGUAAACAUAUUGAGCAUGAUGUGAACACUGGCAAGAUGAACAUAAAGACAGCCACUACCUUUAGGAACUUCGACAUGGAUUUUACUCUGGGACAGGAAUUCACAGAGGACCUUGGGCCGGUCGAUGGGCGAAAGUGCCAGACCACAGUGGACUGGGAGGGUGAUAAACUGGUGUGCGUGCAGCAAGGAGAGAAAGAGGGUAGAGGGUGGACACACUGGUUGGAGGGAAACAUUCUCCAUUUGGAGCUGAGAGCUCAGGGUGUAACUGCCAAGCAAGUCUUUAAGAAGUCUGAGUGAGGGAUAACGAAAAGGAGAAAGAGAGGGGCCGCUUGCUGGGGGUUUUAAGCUCAGUGUUCUUGGAGAUCUGGACUCAGAAAGAGGCCAUGUCGCCACAGAGAUCUGUUCCCAAUCAGUGCGAAUAGUAUUUAAAUGGAGGCCACCUCUGUGAAAUGUUCCCUCCCUCACAUUUUAAGUCCAAACUAAACUUAGAAUGAGAUCAGGCAACAGUAGAGCCCUGUUGACCAUUGAGAACAUUAGCAAACAGUACUGUAAAGUAGUGGACCAGUUUUAGGCUGGAUUCAUAAAAUCCUAAAAAUGUAUUAUGCCGUUAUAUCUGCAUUAUGCAAGAAUAGUGAUUAAAUAAGCCAGUGCUUUUGCACUUAGCUAGUCGUGUAGGUUGUACUCUUGAUUUUAAUUCUAAAUGUCUAGGUCUAUUUAACAUCAAGUUUCCUGCUACUGACUUGGAAUAUGUUAAACGUUCAGUAAUGGCUUUGUUAUAUCUGUUUAACUGAUUAUGAUUAAUGGACUACACUAGUCAACAUUGCAUAAACGUGCCAAGAUAUGUAUGGUCUAAAUUUAAUGUCAUUACAUUGUCCACUACAAGAUACAAUGGUUUAUAUUACCAUAAAAUCAGAUUGGUGUGCAAA